AUGGAAUAAAGAUAAUUUACUAUAUGUUAAGACACUUAGAAUUAAGAGAAAUAUAUUUGUCUCAAUAAAGAAUGCUAUUCAUCAAAGAAGAAAUAAUUGCAUUGUCAUGAAUGUUUGGUGAAAUUACAUAAGACAGAUAAAAAUAGUAUUAAACAUUAUGAGGAAUUUGUUACUUUAGAUUCUAUAGUAAAUGAUUUGAUUAGAAGGAAUAAUAAGAAAUUAGAAUUAUAUAAUCAAAUGAUUAUUGAUGCACAUCAAUUUAAAAAAGACAAAUUCAAAGAAUUGUGUACACAAAGUAAAAGUUGAUAAAAUUAAAUUAGAAUCAUUUUCUAGUAAGAGUUCAGAGUUUCAAAACUAAAUAUUUAAGAAGAUUGAAUUAUUUGUUGAAGAAAUACCAAAAUAAUUGAAUGCAUAAGUUUCAUUGAUAAGACAAGGAUUGUAUUUUUAAAAGGAAAAGCUACAAUUUCAAAUUGAGCAAUACUUAUCAACAGAUAUAAAAUUUGAAAAUAGCUUGAAAUUAAUAUUAGAAGAGAUAAAAAAGAAUAUUGAAACAUAUAUAGCUUCAAUUGAAUUACAAGAUUGUUAAAUAAUUAAGUAAAAUGUGUUAGUGAAUACAGGAAGAAAACCAUCCAAUAAUUGUAGAAAAAAAUAGCUGAUUUAGAAGGAGUAAAGACAAUGCCUCAAACAGAUUGUGUGCCAAAAACAACAACAUUAAUUAUAAUCAUUCCAUUGAUGUAUUUAAUAUAUACAGUUAUUGAACUUGAUAAAUAAGUUUUAAAGUAAGAAUAGUAUUUAAAUAUAGACUUUAAAUGAAAUUAGACUAACAAUUAUUAAAUAUCUUUGAGUCAUAAAAAUUAUUGGUAUCUGAAAUUGAAUAAUUAUAGAAAUAAUAAUAAAAUUAAAUUGAUAUAUUGAUUAAAUAAUCAAAUGAAAUUCUUGAAAAUAAUAAUAUUAUGAAGGAUAUUUUAAUAAAUAAUGAUUCCAAACUAACUUUAAAAGUGCUCUAAAUAUCUAAGAAAACAGAUGAAGAAUUUAAUAAAACUAAUAAUAUUUUAAAAGAGUUAAGUUUAAAGAAAUCAAUAAUAUAAAAUUUAGAAGUUAAAACAAUUUAAAGUAUUAUAUAAUUUAGUGAGAAUUCAGAAAUUCUGACAACCGAUUAUAUUAUUAAUAAAUUAAUAAAUGGAUAGUAAUUGAAUUUUACUAAAGCAGAAUUAAUAUAUAAGAGUUAAAGAGAUGGACUGUCAAUAGAAGCCUUUUGGUAGAAUAUGCAUAAAUAUGGAUCUACGUUACUAAUAGCUAAAUUUCAUAACUCAGAAAUAGUUGGAGCAUAUACUUAACCAUCUUAUGUUCCAUCACUUUUUGGUGAUUAUAUGGUAGAUAGUACAAAUAAAUCAUUCUUAUUUUCAUAUAAGAAGAAUUAAAUUUAUAAAGUUAAAGAAAAUAGAUAUACUUUAUAUUCUAAAUAUAUGACAGGACCAUAAUUUGGUUAAGGUCCAGAUCUUAAUUUAUAGGGAUAUUAAUUUGAUCAAUGUUCAAGUAAUAUUGGAUAUACAUAUGAAUAUGUUAAAGAAAAAGGGGAUUCUAUUAUUGAUGGUACUUCAAAGAUAAUAGAAAUGGAAGUAUUUUUAUUGAGUUGA